AUGGGGCCCGAAGCCGACAAGAUAAUAAGAUGCUUGGUCGACUCUAAGGUUAAAUCGAGGAGAGCUGAUGGCAAUCCGUUGCUGUUCGUACCAGAAGCCGAUUUGAAUGUUUACAAAGAUGCCUUGAAGAACUCAGCAGUUGGAGUGGAAGCGUUUCCUGGUGUACCGAAAUCGACGAAAGACUUCGAAGAGAUGGACUCAGCAUUACUGGCGUUAGAGUUCGGCUCUUCGUAUAUGGUACCUGGCGCACGGUUCAACGAGAUGUAUGGCUGGGAUAGCUAUUUCAUCACUCUUGGGUUGGUCCAUUCAUCGUCACCACCGAAUACUGAGCUCCUUCGAAUCGCCACGUCCAUGUUGAGAAACCACGUGUAUCAGGUGGAGAAUUACGGCAAAGUUCUUAAUGCCAAUCGAUCGUAUUUUCUGAAUCGUGCGCAACCCCCUCUGUUAUCGUCAACCCUCAUGCUAUUGCUACCGUACAUUACAGACGAUGAUAAACUGGUAGUUUUAGGCAAAAUCUUGCUCAAUCUUGCAUUUCCUCAACGGCAGGUUCAGCGAGCCACAGCGGCAAUUGUGAAGGAAUAUGAUACUGUGUGGAAGUCAACGCCGAGAUACGAUGAAAUAACAGGCUUGUCGAAGUGGGAAAUUGGAGUGGAAGCGUUUCCUGGUGUACCGAAAUCGACGAAAGACUUCGAAGAGAUGGACUCAGCACUACUGGCGUUAGAGUUCGGCUCUUCGUAUAUGGUACCUGGCGCACGGUUCAACGAGAUGUAUGGCUGGGAUAGGUACCAUAAGGGCGUGGUUGAUGCUCAGGUCCAAUCUGAUAUGGCCGUCCGUGAGUCGGGUCACGACACCACAGCGCGGUUGAAUCGAUACGAUGCAUGUGAUAUGGCAACAGUCGAUUUGAAUUGUAUCUUGUAUAAGAUAGAGCGAGAUAUGGCAUUUUUGAAAGAGCCAUCUCGAGAUUGGACGGCUCUUGCGGAAGCGCGAAAGUUGACGAUAUUGAGAUUAAUGUACAUACCAGAAAGGAGUGCAUUUUUCGACUACAACACGCGUAACGGGCAAGUGGACACAUCGUUUUUGUCGGUGACGGGAUUGGCGUAUCCUCUAUGGUGCGGUGUGGUUGAUGGAGAUCGGCAACUUUCUAAUGAGGUUGUUAACACGUUGAUGGGCUAUCUUGGUCAACCUGGUGGUGUGGUAUCGGACGAUUUAAAAAACAAUGAAAAAGGAUUCACCGGUCAGUGGGAUUGGCCAGCUGGAUGGGCACCGCAUCAGAUGAUCACUUGGAUGGGGCUUAUGAGGUUGGGGUAUCUUACACAAGCUCGAGAUUUGGCAUCUAGAUGGGUUCGUUUGUGUUUGAGAACCUUUCAAGUGUAUGACUGUUUGCCUGAGAAGUUUGACGUGGUUCACUGCACCUCGAGAAUCGACGUAGAAUAUGGCAAUCAGUGCAGCGAAAAAGGAGAGUAUUUCGGAUGGACUAUAGCAAGUGUUGAAAUGGCCCUGCAGUCGGUUUUGACUGCCGAAGAUAUUGCACAGAUAAACCACGAUUUUUCGAAUUCGCGUGGAUUCGAAAAGUCGCCCGCUGAAGAGGAUGAGAAGCACCCUCAAGCUACGGUCAAUUCCUGUGGUUAA